CGAGCAGACCACGUGACGGCCCGGCCACCAAUCAGCUGUUCGACUUUGUGCUGCCGCGCCAAGCUUCCGAAUCGGCCCGCGGCGCAGUGCAGCUCGCCAGCCAGCAGCAGCAUUCUCUCCCUGCCGCCGCGAUUCAGUCCGUGUAGCUCCGUGUCCGUCCCCCUUGGCUGGCACGCGCGCGCCCUACCUACCUCCGUCGCAGCUCGAGUGACUCCCGCGCCUUCGCGCACCAGCUACCCGCGAGGCCCGAGUUCUGCGCCGAGAGCCAGCGAGCUCGCCCCAGUGCCCGGAAAACCGACCAGCCGCACGUACAGCUCUCUCAGGGAAAGACGCGGCGGCCAGCGUGCAAGCAGCAGGCCGGCGAGGGCCUCCACCGCCCGGAGCGCGACCCCGAGCCCCCCCGGCGCAGCCAGUCCCGGAGCUCCGGAUCCCGGGCCACCUGCGAGCCGCCGGAGCCCCGAGCAGCCGAGAGCACAGUCGGCGAAAGGCGCGAGGGGAAAUAGCGCGCGCGCGCGCCCGCGCCAUUUUGGAGCCAGAGCUGCGAGCGACGUGCCUCUGCUGCUGCUGCUGCUGCUGCUGCUGCUGCUACUGCGUGUCCAGCACUCGCGAGAGAGACUUCGCUGCACAGCCAUCGGGCCCGGAAGAGCAGAGGAGACCGCGGCUGGCCACGACGCUGUGCUAUGUACCGGGCCCAGCAGCCCGCCUCCUCCUGAGUGCCUCGCGUAGCCGCUGCGACUCAGUCUCCAGUCGUGCCUCGACUCGGCGUGCCCGUAGCCUCCGCUGCCGCUGCACCUGUCGCCUUCUGCGGAGAGCCGGCGACUACCCUCGAGAUACAUGUCGUCCGCGACGAUGACGCAACAAAAUAAGACCAUGAAUUUCCUCAUACACGACGCCAAUGGGCACCCACAAGUUAUCAAAGUGGUUCAAAGCACACCCAACAAAGCUCUCAGUGGCAUUGUUGGGACUACAAAUGCAAACCUCAAGGUCUUCAAAGCACCUGGUCAGGAACCUCAGGUUUUAUCUUCUGCGGCACAAGUUGUCAGGACUAUAAGCUUUCAAAAUUCAUCAAAUACAGGGCAGAGACUGUUGACAAUACCCAUACAAAAUGCAAAAGUACAAACUGUACCCACAAUGAAACCUGCUGAUCCAAUGAUGACUAAAACAAUUCAACUGACAUCUGCUCAAAUGAGCAAUAUAAAACAAGCCAUUGUAACACAGCAGCAGCAACAACAACAAAGUGCCAAUCAACAACUGAUAAAAGAUGCUUCUGGAAAAACUUUUAUCAGUCCAAUCUUAGAUCACACAGGAAAUCGGAAACGUCAGGAUACAGAAGGAAGCGACUUUAUUCCUGAGUACCCUUUCAGCAAACGCAGGAAAACAGAGAAAGUGGGUAAGGGCCUUAGACACUUUUCUAUGAAAGUGUGUGAAAAAGUUAAGAAGAAGGGAACUACUUCAUACAAUGAAGUAGCAGAUGAGUUAGUAGGAGAGUUCACAAACCCAACUCAUGCAAAUUCACUAACUGAUCAGCAAUACGAUCAAAAGAAUAUACGAAGAAGAGUAUAUGAUGCACUGAAUGUACUCAUGGCAAUGAACAUAAUUUCCAAAGAAAAGAAAGAAAUCAGGUGGUUAGGCUUGCCCACUAAUUCGCUUCAAGAAUGCAUGGCUCUGGAAAAAGAAAAAAAGAAAAGAUUCGAGAGGAUAAAAGCAAAAACACAACAGUUGCACAGAAUAAUAUUGCAACACAUUGCUAUCAAAAAUUUGGUUGAACGAAAUCGUAUUAAUGAGGCCAUCAGCGGUCCGCCAAAGCCGAAUUCUGCGAUCCAGUUGCCAUUUAUUAUAAUCAAUACAGACAGAAAGACCGUUGUAAAUUGCAGUAUUUCUAACGACAAAACUGAGUACCUGUUGAAUUUUAAUGAUAAGUUUGAAAUACACGAUGACAUCGAAAUUUUAAAAGAAAUGGGACUAGCUUAUGGUCUUGACAAGGGAGAAUGCUCAGAUGAGAAUCUGCAUAAAGCCAAAACAAUGGUUCCAAAGGCCCUGGAAAAAUAUGUUGAACAAAUGGCAUCUGGUGAUUUGGAAAAAUUCAUACCCGUCACAAUACCUGGACCUAGUACGUCUAUCGAAGACAUCGAUAUAAAGAUUGAAACAUCUCGACCACCUUCAUCAUCGCAUACUUCACUCUCGGAAGACGCCCCGUCGCCACCCUCACAGUACUUCUCAGAAGAGGAAGAAGAGGACGAGGAAAGCGAUCAGGAAGAUCAUGGUGACAGUGACAUGGAAAUGAACUAGCACUUUGUCGACUUUGACGAAGGCUAGACUCGGGGUCCGUUCGCUCUUCAUAUAAAUGAUUCAACUUUCUCAACAAGACAAAAAAGAAACAGUGAAAAAUUUGCCGAGUCCUUCGAGGCAUCGCGCAGAUGAUGAUGCCGUAAAGUCGGACGUACGUCUGGAUGUUCGUUCAUUCGCGUCACCUUGUGCGUCGUAAAGACGUUCGUGUAGACUUCAAGAGAAAUAGAGAGAGAAAGAGAGCUCUGUUGGUGUGUGCAACGUUGCGAUUAUGGUGUUUAUCGUUAUUGCGAGUUUUUACGAGUGUUGCUCAAAUACGUGACAAUGUUGAUGUGUAUAAUUUUCAAGUUAUUUUUGCAAGGUUUAUAAAGAGAAAAGUAUGUUUAAGAAAGGGUGGUGUAUGAAAUAAAAUAUAUAACGAAGAUGUGGGGGGUAUACAAAUUUUAUUGUCAAAGAUUCUUUGGAAUCUGUCUCGUAUUUGAGUGAGCGACAUAUAUUGUUAAAAAUUGAAUUUCUGUACGGAAGUAAACCAAAUUUUUUGGCAGAGAUACAGAUCUUGUGUGAAUUUUGCGUCGACUGGGGGCCAACCAACAACGUAGAACGAGAGAGAGAGAGAGAUAGAGUGAGAGAGAUAAAAAUAUAGAACACUAUAGAGAACACGAUUUCAUUUGUUUAUUGCAUAGUCCAGCAAGCAUGUUUUUGAUGAUAAAUAAGAGUACGUAAUGACGAUUUAAGAUAAUAAAUCGAGUUGAGAAUGCAAAACGAAAGCAUCAGAAUCUUACUUCACAGAUAUGCAGAGUGACUGAAAAAAAAUUCGGUGCUAUUUUAAUCGUGCAUCGUCUAACAGGUUUAUAUGCCUAGUAUAAAUGUAUUGUAAAUUAUAAUCUUAUAAUAUUAUCUACGGUACAUGUAAAAAAAUAUAACUACUACUACUCAUUUUUCUUAUGGCACAUUUAUAUAUCUCUGUGGUACAAAACAGAACACAAUAUGAUGAACAGACAUGUGUCUGCCUCGAUUUGGAAAUACAAAUAAAUUGUAAUACUAUUACAAAAAAUGACCUUUAUUGAUUGAUCUUUAAAUGCACCUUUUAUUUUUAAAUGUUGAGAACAUUACUUCUGAGUGCAUUUAAACCAAAACGAAAAAUUUUUUGAUAAAAAUUAACGCAUCUUUUUUUAGCAUGAUAUAAUUAUACAUAGAUUAAAGGAUAUAGUGCAGUAUAAAAGCUAAGUGGUGAAAAAUAUUUUGGCUAAACUUUAGAUAGGGUCAAUAGAGCGAAAAAGCUAUAAUGCUUGUUUCUACAAGUGCGAAUAUUACAUUUUAAGUGUCUUUUAUAUAGCAUUUCUGUCUUUAAGCUUACUUUAAGAAAUCACUUAUUUUUGCGAAUGGACGACAAAAAUGAUCUUUAGAAUGUACAUAACUAUUAUAGUCUACAUCAGCAAAUAAAUUGAUAUUAUGCAAAAUA